AAACUGGGAAUACUGAAAGAUAAGAACUUAAUGUCAACAAAGUUGGCAAAAUAUGUUCUCGUGUUUGAAAAGAUAAAAAAAAAAAAUCAGUAUUAGAUCUAUGCUCUUUAUAACAUUCAUUCCAUGUAUAGGUUUACCAUGCAGGGAUGGGGACAGGAGUGUCCAGGUCUCAGGUUUGCCCCGACUGAUGUGGAGCUUGUGCUUUACUACUUGAAGAGGAAGAUAUGUGAGAAACGUUUUGAGCUUGAUAUUAUUCGCGAUGUUGAUGUUUACAAGUGGGAUCCUGAGGAGUUACCUGAGCUAUCCACAUUGGAGAGCGACUGGCAAUGGUACUUCUUCAGUCCAAGGGAUAGGAGAUAUCACACUGGAGCAAGGUCAAAUAGGGAAACCCGACAGGGGUGGUGGAAAGCUACAGGGAGAGAUCGCAGUAUUGUGUACAAUUCUCGUAAUAUUGGAAUUAAAAAGACCUUGGUUUUCUAUAGAGGUUGUGCACCAAGAGGAGAGCGAACUGAUUGGAAGAUGCAGGAGUAUACUUUGAAUGAAGAAGAACUCAGGGGAGAGGCAAAUGUGCAGGAUUUUUAUGCCCUUUACAAGCUUUGCAAAAAAGGUGAAUAAUGGAUUUCAUGGAAAUUGAUCUCGGUCUACAGCCUAAUUUCUCCGAGACGGUGUGACGUAGGACACAAAUCCCAGCUAAAUUAUUUUAAUUGUAAUAGUUAUUUAAUUGUUAAUUUUCUUUAGGAUUUUUUAGUAUUAUUUAAAUAGGCAUGUGGUUUCCUAGGAAAUUAGUAAUAAUUCUAGAGUUUUUUUUUUUCAUAUUCGGUUUUUUUUGGACUUUCCAAAAUCACCAAUCACCCUACUGCUAACUUGUAUCACUUUGCCAAAGACAUGCUCGUUUUGGUCACCCAUCUUUAAAACUUGUCAAUUGAAUAAUGUCUCGGCGUCAUCUGCUAGUCACAACCGAGGUCUCUCCUGCUGUUUAUCAUGCAUACUAACAUGGUAAGAGUCAUUGUCUUCUGUUAUGAAUUGUUCAAUGGUAGUGAGGGUAUCAGAUAAGUCUGACAUAAAUAAUGAAUGAGAGAGGUUUUUCAUUAGAGGUAGUUGUCUUUGGUAAGUUAAAUUUUAGAAAGAGGAGGGGGUAGAGGAUUGUGGACGGGAGCAGAGUUUGUAGAAUUAAAGGAAGAUAUGGGAAGAAGAUAAGACCAGUUUUGCUCUAACACCAUAAAAGAGUUUCAACAUUUCUGGAAAUUGCUUUGAUGUCUUUUGGAUGCAUGAAGUAUUAUUAGUUAUAGAU